AUGGUUGUAGCUGCUUCUCCUUUUGCAGUUGUGCGGGAUGUGGGUGUUUGCCUGCAGGAAGGGGUUUCGUGCACUAGCUCUGGACAUUUGUUACUGUUUCUUUUUGCUCUGGGAUUUGUUAGUACAGAAGAGGAAAAUGUUAUCAGCACAGCAGGCAGUACUGCUGAACUGAGUUGCAUUUAUACUUCAGUGGAAAAAUUCAAGCUAAAUAAGCUACGGGUUUAUUGGCAAAUACAGAAUGGUUCAAAACUUAUAGUGGUACACACCUUUGUUUCUGGUUAUGAAAACCAAAGCGAACAGAGUAGAGACUUCAGAAACAGAACUCGGUUAUUCAAGGAUAAGCUGGAAAAUGGCACUUUUUCUCUGCUGCUGCUAAAUGUCAGCCUGCGAGACGAACACACAUACCGGUGCAUAGUACAGAAGAAGGAAAAUGUUUUCAAAGUUAUUCACAAAGCAGUUGUGGCUCUCAAAGUAGCAGUCAAUAACAGCCUACCAGUACUAAGUGGACCUGUAGGAACACGCCCAAGUAUUGGUGAAGACAUGACACUGAGUUGCAACUAUAGUCAAGGAUACCCAAAGCCAAACGUUUACUGGAUAAAUGGAACAGACAACAGCUUCCUCCAUCCAUCAUCAUUAAAUAUCACCCAGGACACAGAUGGCACAUACAGUGUUUUCAGCACACUGAAGAUGAAAGCAACUUCUAAUAUAAAAAUAGAGUGCAUCAUAGAAAAUGAGCUUCUGCAGCAAAAUCUAACUGCCAUCUACUUGGAAGACAUCACAAACUCUAAUGCUACCAAAGACAGUCUGAUAGAUCUAAAUAAACCAGGAGCUCAGGCUGGAAGUGUCGUGGCCAUUGCAGUUGUGUUAGUUGGUCUAGUUGUUUUAACCUGUUGGCUAUGGAAAAGGAAAUCCUUUCACCGGGAAUCAUACACAGAUGUUCAACAAAAUGAAGACGGGGGACAAUGCAAUGCACAAAGAAUUAUUUUGUCUUCACCCAUUUAAAUGGGAAAUUCUCAGAGAAUUUCGGCAGCUGGUGAUGUACCAAGAGAAUGUUGAUGCCAAGGACGGAAGCAUUAUCUGCAACACGAAUGGCAAAGUGUUUCCAGAGCAUGGGCUUCAACAGAGGAGAGAGCAAAAUCCACUUACUGGGGGUCUGCCUCUUCUAAUCAGCAGUUGUGUUGGUUUCAAAACAGUCUUUGGUGACACACAAUCAACAUUUCACCCACUUGUAUGCGUGAAAGGUACAAUGACGUUGAAGCACUGCUUCAGAAAUGAAAGACUACCGACCAUUAUUUUAUCAGUCUAGGAAUUCCCUAUCAGGAGAUAAGCGACUGUGUUUCAGCCACGGUGAAAGUUCUCUCUGCCUCUCGAACUUCUUAGAACGAUUAUUGAACAUGAAGAAUGUCAGCUAGACAAGUGAACACUGCAAGACUUUGUGUAGCACAAGCUUUGUUGCCUGUCCUACUUCUUCCCUUUCCUCCACAUAUCCUUUCACUGUUUCGGGGGAGCCUCAAUAGCUACACAAAACAUCCCAAAGCUUCCAACAGACAUGCAGCAAUACAUGUUGCUUUGACCAAACAAAAUUAGGAAGCCAUUUUUAUUGCAAUAUAAGUGUGAAAUCUACAUUUUACAGAAUACUCUAUUAAAAAAGGAUUCUCUAUCAAGUUCAGAGCACAGAAAUUAUCUGGAUUCCUAGGAUGUGCAUAGCAGUACCUUAGUCCUUGCUCUUGGUGCUGAAUUCAGGUCAGCAGUUGCCUGUGCAUACAGUUUGGGGCUGGGCCAAAAAAGCAUAGUGUGGCAUGUCAAGUGCCAGUGAGUCCCUCCCGGCUUCUAGGAUACUUGAGAUUAGAAAUACAUUCUUCCUGCACCCCGUGCCUCCAUCUUGUGUGCAGAAUAUAUGGUCACAUUUGCCACUGACACAGAAAGAGUAUCAUUAAUGGUCAAAGUAAAUGAUGGUUGAAAUAAAAAGAUGAAAUGGCUGACAUUGAAAGCUGUGGCUUACCUAUGCUUACUGCAUGAGAAGUUGAAAAUACAAUGAUUGCAAGACUGCUAUGACCAGAGGGUGCUGCACAUGAAAAAUGUAAAAUCUACAAAUAACUUAUCCCAAUGCAUAAGGUUUUGAAGGAAGAAGUUCCUACAGAUUUAAUUUGCUUUCUUUGGGGACGUUUUACUCCCCCUGCAACAAUCACUAUUCUGAAUUGUACCACCUUAUGACAUCUUAAUGCAAGAAUCAUAAUCCUGUUUUCCAAACUAUGCUAGGGAUAUGGCACCCGGUGGCAAUGGCAGGUUAGUGCCCUGGCUUCUCACCUUCAAAGCCUAGUUAAAAGUAAAAUAAAUUUGGUGGCCAUGUUCCAUCAAUGUGCAUAUUACAGAUAUACCCAAUGAUCUGAUCUUAUUAAGAGUGUUUGCUGAAUUAAUAGUCAAGACUAGGCUAACAGUGUAGUAAUUUAAGAACAAGACAAACCCCUGUCAAGAAUCCUCAAUACAGGGGGACAAAAUAGUUGUCCUUUUAAGGUGCUUUCCAUUCCUGCGCUUCUGUUCUACUGGCAGAUUCUAACACCGACCCAACGUUUUGUGGGAAGUUUGCAUAGCAUUGGUCUGCUCUAGGUCUAGUUCAAGCCACAAUUAACCCUCACUUUAAGGCAAACUAGAUCUACCCUCAGAUUUUAACAGAAUUGGGAACCUUUGUAAAGUGCACAGUGCUGUAAGCAGUAUGAGACGAACAGAAGCAUUUAAGUAUUAUGAUUUUUAAAUUGAUUUGUCUGUGAGCUUUAAAGACACAGCGAUAUAUGUGUGUUAUUUCUAAAUGUAUGUGAGCAAGAGAGAAGCCAGGUAUAUUUAUGACUCUAGUAUAACCUCAGAGUUAUGAAACCCAGAAUUAUGAGCUGACGAGUCAAUAGACACCUCAUUUGGAACUGGAAGUACACAACCAGAAGCAGAGAGAGAGGAAAAAAGCCAGUAUAGUACAGUGUUAAACUUAAAGCUACUAAAAUAAAGGGAAAGCUGCAUUUUUUUAUAAUAAAGUUCCAAAGCUGUAUGAAGUUAAUGUUCCAUCAUAAACUUUUGAAAGAAUAGCUAUAAUAUUUGUUCUCCAUUCCCGAGGUGUUUGUAACCCUGAAGUUCUGUUGUAAUUAAAAAACAUGAAUUUCACAUUGCUACUGUGCUGCCUGCUAAUCUGUGAUAACAAUGUAAAGGAAAGCCAGUGGAGGCACAAGAAACUGUUGUUUAAGUUGAGAUUUUGUGGACUGGUUUUUGUUACUUGUGAUGAAACAAGAGGUUUUGAUGGACAAAACAUGCAAUGCUUGGUCAGUAAGGUGUCUGUGGGAAAAUCUAAGGCAGUGGUUCCCAAACUUUUUGGCAUCACGCCCUGAUUUUUUAAAAACCUUCACGUCCUUCCCCCUCCCCCAAUAGCAGCAAAACUUGAGGGGGAAAAAAACUGAACAGGGCAGCAAAACUUGAUGGGGGGGGGAGUCUGGGUGCCCUCGCACCCCCCUGGAAUUUCUUCACACACCCCAGUUUGGGAACCCAUGGUCUAAGGCUAUGUCUACACUAGGGAGUUAUUUCGAAAUAAAUACUCCUGAAAUAAUUUCAAAAUAAGCUAUUCCUCUUCACAAGCAGGAGUUAUUUCAAAAUAACGGGUUUAGUAUUGUGAGGACACACCUUGUUAUUUCAAAAUAACUCCCCAGUGUAGCCAUGUCCUUAGUUAUACAUGAGGAUUUUGAUUAGUCUAUCUUCAGCUUGAACACCUUGCACAAUGGUGUUUUUAAGAAGAGCUUGAGGAGUUUUACAAUCCAUUGCAGACAAAAUUAAUAGGGGGUCAUAAACUACUUUCAAUAUCUUUCUUCUUUGACCUAGACAUUGGCUCUUUUUAGCUGUCCAAAGUCUGUCAGCCUUUUAUUUUUACUGGAGCUAUAUUGAUAAAAAGCUAUAAUGUUGAACUAGACACCCUACAAAUGUGAACAAAAGCUGUAAAUGUAUACAUUCCUUAAUGUUCCAAUACAGCACCUUGCAGAAGUUUUGUUAUAAUUUAUCAGAUCAGAUAUGUUUGGCUUAAUCGGCCGCUAUCCUGCUACUGUGCCUUACACACUUGUACCUUUUUCUAAAAGCAUCUUUGUAUUCCUCAGUCAGAAAAGGCCUCCCCUGUUGUCUGGAGAUGUAAAAAAAUGAACAUAGCAAUUUUUCUCCAUUAAUCUUAAAUUUAUUUUAUUUUAUUAAAUUACUGUACAGUCUAUAGCAAGUACUGAAUUGUGACUGCUUGCUUUGGCUAAUUUUGUAUGUUUGUUUUAUGUUUUAGGGGCAAAUCAAUACUAGGUUACUGUCAUGUUCCUAUCAGAGGGAUGAGGAUACAAGAUUGAGUUGUUUGUUUGGGGUUUUUGUCCUUGUUAGUUACCAUAUUUAUAUUUCCAAUAAAACAAACCCUGAUUUUG